AUGACGCUCUUUCGCCAGUCCAAGUCUCAGCCUCGGUGGACAGGCAUCACGUUCUCGGCUCUCCUUGCCGCAAGCUCUGUCACCAACGCGCAUGUCAUCCCUCGUCAAAUCCAGCCGUCCCAGCUGCUCUCGAGCUAUGACUAUGUCGUUGUAGGAGGUGGUACGGCCGGCCUGACUGUGGCCGACCGUCUGACUGAAGACCCUGACACUAAUGUCCUGGUCCUCGAAGCCGGUGGAUGGGGCGACAUGGACUUCAACCUCAUGGUUAGUUUCACGCGCAGGACAGGGGAUGCCUCAGCCACCUACUGGCCUGGCCUCCAGUCUGUGCCACAGCCCAACCUUAAUGGCAAGCCCGGCACUGUCAUUGUUGCGAGACAAGUUGGAGGCGGCUCUUCUGUGAACGCCAUGAUCAACAUGCGUGGUUCUGCUGAGGAUUACGACCGCUGGGGCGCGUUGUUCGGAUCUGAAGCUCAGGGAGGCACCGCUGAAUGGAGCUGGGAUGGCAUCUUGCCGUACUUCAAGAAGGGCCUGCACUUUACUGAGCCGCCGCCCGAGCUCACCGACAACUUUGACAGCAUCAAAUAUGAUUCUUCCUACUGGGGCGAGACGUCGGAUAUUUACGCCGGCUGGCCAAGAUUCUACUACCCAAGCGUGACUCCCUUGCUGGAGGCAUUCAAGGAGCUUGACGGAAUUGAGUUCCCUCCGGACAGUGGUGCUGGAAAGGCAGGCGUGUUCUGGUUCCCCACGCUCCAGGACCCUCGUACCGUCACGCGCUCCUAUGCUGGUACAGGUCACUAUCUCAAUGUCAACGCCACUCGACCAAACUACCACCUUUUGACCAAGACGCUGGCUCGGAAGCUGAUAGUGGACGAAAACCUGGCUGUCACGGGUGUCGAGUUCCCAUCGGCGAAUAACACCCUUGUCACCGUCAGCGCAAACAAGGAGGUCAUUGUAUCUGCUGGUACCGUUCAUACUCCUCAGCUAUUGCAGCUGAGUGGAAUCGGUCCCAAGAACAUCCUCGAGGAUGGCGGUAUUGAUGUGCUUGUGGACUUGCCUGGUGUUGGCCAGAACUUCCAGGACCACAGCAGCCUGUCUGAGAUGAACAUCACGCUCUCAAAGAUAGCAGACAUCCACCCCAACCCGAACGACCUCGUGGAUGGAAACGAGUUCAAGGACUGGGCUGAGGAAGUGUGGGAAGCCAACAAGACCGGCCCCUACACUAUUGCACUUAGCAACCUGGCUGGGUGGCUGCCCCUGACUGCCAUAACUGACAAGGCCGGUGAGCUCGCCACCAAGCUGGAGCAGCAAGACUAUGCCAGCCUGCUCCCAGUCGAUGCCGACGCCACCGUGAUCGCCGGCUACGAGGCGCAGAUGAAGCUUCUGGCCGCGCAGAUGCGCUCCAAGGACACUGCCUUCACUCGUGUCCUGCUCCAGCCAGCUCAAGGCGCCCAGGGUCCCGUGGCGAUGCAGUCCUUCAGCCGCGGCAGCAUCAACAUCAACACGACCGACCCAUGGAACACCGAGCCCGUCAUCGACUACCGCGCUCUGACCAACCCCGUGGAGUUCGACUUCUUUGUUGAGAACAUCAAGUUCGUCCGCAACUACAACUUCAAGACCUCCCUAGCGUCCAAGUUCAACCCAGUCGAGUACGCCCCCGGCGCCAACGUGACCUCGGAUGCGGACCUCAAGGCCUACAUCUCUAGCACCCUGUCGCCGACUGAUUACCACCCCGUGGGCACUUCGGCAAUGAUGCCGCUCGAGCUGGGUGGUGUCGUCGACCAGACACUACGCGUGUAUGGAGUCAAGAACCUGAGGGUUGUCGACGCCAGCGUCAUGCCCAUGGUUCCUAGUGCCAACACAUGCCAGCCUACCUAUGCUCUGGCUGAGAAGGCUGCGGAAAUCAUCAAGCAGGGUAUUUAA